ACCGCGGGAACUUGCAUUUGUACGACUGGUAUGACGCUCAACCUCUCCUCACCACCAACAACCCUAAGCAACAUGGCACGUAAAAAACUGUCAAAGCGAAGGUCAUCGGGGAGUUUGGUUCCUCGUGCAAAGCCUAGGCCUCCGCCUUCCACCUCGGAGAAGCCUGCCGAGCUUGGCGAAGGCAAGGUUCCUGGGUAUGGAGUUGCGCCAAAGUCCCCACCGCUGACAGACCCUGCGGAGAAGGUGACAGUUGAGGCUGGUACAGUCGGUGGGGAGAGUAGGAAGAGGAUAGAGGAGGAUGUUGAUACUACCUCCUCGGGGUCGUCUGCGUCUACCGAUGAGAGUGAGGACGAGGAUGGGAAGAGCCAGGAAGAUAUUGGUAGUGAAUCUCUCGAUAAGGUCGGGGUUGUCCCGAAGGCGCAGUGGGUGUUAGGCGACAUUAAGGUAGACCCUGUUGAGGAAUGCAACGACGAUGAUGACGAUGAGAAUGAAGAAGAAGAGGAGGACUGGACUCAGGAAGGGGAAGCGGAAGCAAAGAACACACUCGCUUCUCGCCUUGGACCAACUCCUGACUGCUCUUCAUCCGGAGAUGAGGCCGGGGUCAAGCAGAAGUCUGGAGUUACGAAGGAAGAUCCUGUGGAGGUGGAUGACGAUGAUGACGAUGACGAUGACGAAGACAUGAGCAGUGAUGAGCAAUUGGAAGGAGAAGAAGCAAAAGCACCUGCCCAGAGUCCCCUUGCUUCUCGUCUUGGACCGACACCUCCUCAGCACUCGCCCCUGCACUCCCCCAUCGCUAACGACUCCGAUUCGUCUUCUUCUCCAUCGUCCUCCACCCUCGAACACGAAAACGAACAAGAAGCUCAAUGGAACACUUGGGAUACUGCCCUUCGUCCCCGUCAUCAUGCUGGCCGUGGAAUCGGGAAGGGGAGGCUCAUCGGAGCAUGGACCAACUGCCGCGUUCCGAAGGAGAAGUGGACGCCUGGCGUGAGGCAGUGGGUUGAGAGAAAGGUUGCUCAAGGAAAGAUGGAGUGACGUGAGUCGUGUGCAACAGUGGGAUCGUCGGAUUUCUAUGUCUAAGCUAAGC